AUGACUACAGUGAAGAGACCUUCCAGGAUGAUAUAAAUGACAUCUCAGAUAUUAAUAUAGACGAUUCUUUUGACCAAGUUUCUGAAUCAUCGUCUAGUAAUAUUUUCCGAGUUAGUAAUUUAAAAAAGCAUAAAUCAUCGGUUUGGCCACACUUUAAUCUAGAAACAGUUAAAAAUUUUGGAAAACCUGUUUGUCAGAAAUGUGGAACAGUAUAUAAAAAUACUACUGGAGUUUCUACAUUAAGGAGACACCUUAAAAACCACCAAAUAGAAGCAUCUAAAAAAAAGCAAACUACACUUCACAUCUAUCAGUCAGACCCCCAUAAUGAACAAGAACAAAAAAAAAGAAAUGAAAA